AUGCCCAGGCUUCGGGGUGGUGUGAGCUCGGAUAUCUUUGAGCUUUUCCAAAUUUCUGUAACGUACGCCCUGCAGCGCGAUUGCACUCCUUUUGAAUACCUGCAAGCAAUUUGUUUUAGUAAGCGUAUCGUCGUGAAAAUGGAAG